CUCCGUCGAAUGCUCUCCAGAGCUCCAGAGAGUGCCUGAGGACUCCAAUUGCGCCGGCUCUCCAUGUGAGACGUUGCACUCGCCCGCCAUUGAUCCCGCGCGACACCAUCCACCACCUCCGCUGUCACAAUGAAUUCUCCGAACAGCGCGCCCCUCCCGUCGUCGUUUGACGAGAAUACCGACUUCUACAAUGAAAACCGCCUGGGCAAAAUAGGGCGCCGCCUCCGCGAAGAGCCUCUCAUCCCGCUCGGCUGCGGCCUGACCGUCUGGGCCAUCGUCGGCGCCACGCGCUCCAUGCGCAAGGGCGACCACAAAAUGACGAACCUGUACUUCCGCCGCCGUCUGUAUGCGCAGGCCUUCACCAUCGCGGUGCUGUGCGUGGGCAACUUGUACUGGCAGAAGGACCGCGUGAAGAGGAAGGAGUACGAGAAGCUGGUGGCGGAGAAGGAUAGGAUGGAUAAGAGGGACCGCUGGUUGAAGGAGCUGGAGAUGCGGGAUGAGGAGGACAAGGCGUGGAAGGAGAGGAUGGCGAGGAGGGUGCGGGGCGAGGGAGAGGCGCAGGGCAAGGGCGUUAGUGAGAUGGUGGCGGAGAAGACGAGGGAGUUGAAGGAUAGGGCUGGGGGUGGGAAAUGAGGAUGCGGAACCCUCCGAGAGGUAGCAUGCGGCAUGCGGAGAGCGGCAGAGCCGGCUUUGUGGCGGAACGGUUAUGGACGUUCGCUGUACAUAUUGCUGAGGCGUGUAUGAGUACACAUCCGGGAUUGGGCAAAAGUAGGGCACGGGCACAUUCUCUACUACGGGUAGGUUGGUCAGGUUGCAUUCAGCUCAGUCUUGGUCAAUGUUUUUAUGUUUUACGUUCAUUCAUCGCUGUUUUGAUCUCAGGAUUCUCCUCCCGGCAUAGUUUGUUUACCCAAGCUCUUAUCUUUAGGAGCAGUAUCUGGAAUAGAGACUCGGAGACCGCGAGCAAGGGCGCCUUAUUCGCCCCAUACCCACUCAACCAGCAAUCGAACGCGAGUUCCAUACAAUUGUGCGGCAUCGGCUGACGAGUCAACUUUUAGACUCUCGAGUAGACGGGAAGUAGAUCUACGAGUCUUCAUUUGAGAAGAAACUGUGCUAAAUCUUACAUG